CAGUGCAGUAACAACAAUGAAGGUCUCUGCCGAAGUAAUACUCACCCUGGUCUGUGCUGGUUUCCUAGUGGAAUCAAGAGAGGUUCCACUGGAAAGAUUUAAUGGAAGGAUAAGAGAAAAACGAGCUUUAGAGGUAGCAGGCCUAGAGAAUAAUGGUGAAAAUCCAACGUAUGAAACAGCUACCACAGCAACAACAGGACAAAUUAUUUCUGACCCAACACCCAGCGAAACUGUUGUCAAUCCUCCACCGGAAGUUGCUGCCACAUCUCUAUCAGAAACUACAGUAGACGUCUCUUGGGUAAAUCCUGCUGAAAUCGCAACUGAAGCUCCAGUGACUGAUUUAACCAUCGAAACUCCAGUCGAUCCGAAAGACAAUGCUCAGUCAGUUGUGGAUCCUCCGUCUCAAGUGCCUUCCACCUCUUUAUCUGAACUAACACAAACCCCGGAAGUUAAUCCAGUCGAUGUGACAUCUGAAGCACCAGUUGCUGAUCCUUCGACGGAAGCUCCAAAUAAUGAAGUGAGCAAUGUUCAGUCAGUGGUGGAUGUGAGCAAUGUUCAAUCAGUGGUGGACGUGAGCAAUGUUCAGUCAGUGGUGGACUCACCAGUUGAAAUAACUGCCACUUCCCUUUCAGAACCGACAGUAAAAGCAACGGAAGCAAAUCCCAUUGAAACAACAACACAAGCCCAAGUUUCUGAAACUACUGUGGCACCCGGCAACCCAACAGAUAAUGUUCAGGUCGAUGCAACAGCUACUUUAAAGACAGAGACCGUGAAUCCAACAACAGAGGUAGUAGAGCAACUGGCAAAUACUGCUACAGAAGCUCCAUUAAAUACUACAUCAAAUUCAGUUGUUAAUUCUCUUGGCGAUCCCUUGACUACUUCUCCAGAAGGCAAAGAUAAUCAAACAACAUUGGCUGAAGUUACUCAGGCUGUAGUGACUGUUUCGGCAGGCUCUGUCGAUGCAAAACCCCCUGCACUUAAAUCUGGAAAAAUGACAAAGAAACAGAGAGCCGCCAUCAGAAAAGCAAAGAAGGCAGCCAAAAAAGCCAAGAAAGAAAGGAACAAUGCAGCUAAAAAGGUUAAGACCGCAGAAGGCAAGCUACGGAAAGCCCAUAGAAAGGCAAAGGCCGAUGCACGAAAAGCAGCUCGACAAGCAGCAAAAAAAUUAAGAGAGGAAAAAAGAAAGGAAAGAAAAGCAAAACUAGCAAAGAAAUUAGCACAACGAAAAUCCAAACGGGAAGCCAGAAAAGCAAAGAAAGAAGCCAAAAGACGAGCAAAGCGAAAGGCUAGGAAAGCUAAAAGAGCCCUGCGCCGAGUGAGAAGGUUUAGAAGAAAUUAAAUAUAUACUCAUAAACCAUAUAUUACAGUAGAAUAGAUUAAAACGGUGUUGUGUAUAUAUAUUAUCUAUAUACAGCUGUACACUGUAUAUAGAUAUGAACUGUUCCUUCUCUGUACAUACGCUAGUAUUUAUUUCUUUAACGUUGUGGUUGUAUACUUUAUUGUUUUUCAUACAUAUUAAACUCUUGAAAUUC